AUGCUCUUUACCGUUAUUUUUGGAUUCCUAAUAAGAUAUUGUCAAGCAGAAUAUAUAACUCAGCCAGUAUCAGUGAAUACAAGUCUCAAUUCAACUGUGACCUUUACUUGUGAAGCAACUGGAGUUUCGUUACUAUUCUUUUAUGUUGGUGAAACACCAGCAUCUGAAACUGUCAACGUUAAAAGAGGAUUUAUUGAAUUUAAUCAAGACACUAUUAAUGGAACUAUAAGAAGAAGACAGCUAUCAGUUCAUGCAAGAGAAAUUAAUAAUAAUACUUAUGUGUAUUGUUUUGGUGCUCCUAGUAAUAUCAGAAGUAACAAUGCUACACUAACAAUACAAGGUAUAGUCAGUGCAUUAUGUAAAGGAGAGUAUCCUAAUAGUAUACCUGUUAAUAUACUGAAUGCUACUAAUGCAGUAAUAAACAAUACCAGUAUAGCAACACAAGUUAAUGAUCAACUGAUGAUUGUUUCUGGAAGUACUUCAAUAUCUAAUUUAAAUACAUUUACUGUUAAUGUAUCACUGAGUAAUAAUGGAGGAACAUUUAAUAAUGUGUCUUCUUUUGGGUUCAGUUUUCUUGGUCCAGUUACUAACAUUGACUCUUCAAUUGACAACUGUUCUACUAUUGAUAUAACAUGGACUGCUCCUACAGUUGAUGAUAGAGUACCUAUACUGUAUUACAUACUAAGAAUAUAUGAUGCUAUUACUGGUAGUCUAGUGAGUAAUGUAUCAGUAUAUGAUACCAGUUAUCAGUUUGUGGAUAAUAAUUUAUUUAUUCAUUGUUAUACAUAUGUUAUAACUGGAGCUAAUGAAUUAGGAGAAGGAAUAUCUAAUAAUGAUACAUUCUCAUAUCAAAGAGGUACAUACACUUUCUUCAUGUUAAUAUGUUUAUUAAUCUUCCAUAGUACCUAGAGCUGUACAGAACA